GGUUGCGGGGAGGAGAGGUCUUUGUGGGGGGUUUUUUUGGAGGUGUGGAGGGUUGUGUGCCAGAGGUCUGUUAGGUAUUCGCCUGUUUUGUUUCGAUGAUGUUCAUAUCCCCCAACUGAUACUUCACAUUCAACACACUGACGAUUUCCUCCACGGCACUCUUCAGAUCCAUCUGCUGCGUCAUGUACAGACUGACGAUAGAGACGAACGGUCGUGUGGGGGAGCCUUGGGCCCAGCCGUUGACUGUUGCUAGGGAGUCUAGGGGGGCUUCGUAUUCCAUUUUCUUUCUCUCUUUUUUUCUGUUGGUUUAUUUGAAUGAAUGGCUGGCUGGCUGGCUAGCUGUAUGCUGUCUGUAUGCUGUCUAUUGUCUGUGUGAGGUGGGUAAAUUGAGUAUGGCGUGGUAUGGUAUCACUAUAAAGAAUGGUGUUGCGGGGUUGAUGGUUGAUGUUGAUGAUCGUUCGAUCAUGAUGUCAUUCAAGUACGGGUGAUCUUCUUAUCUAUAUAGUUUAGUAUAUAUUAUCUAAGAGUGGAGUAUCACUGCC